AUGCCCGGAACAGGUGGAAUGCGCGGGGCUGGAGGAAGAAGAGAGGAGGAGGUUUGUAUGGGUCCCUUAGGGGUCGGGGAUCCGAGAAAGCUCUCCAAAGGGAGGCGGCCAUGGCCCGGCCCGGCUCCGACUCUGCUGCACGCCACCUGCCGCCGCCGCCGCCGCCGCCUCCUCCGCGCCGCCCGCCGGUUGCCCUCGGCCAGGCCCAUGGGCGGAGGGCGUCACUCCAGGGCGGAGCGGCGCGGUACUACUGGGGACAAGGAAGACGGGGAGCCAAAGACCAAGCAGCUCAGAGAAGGGGAAGAGGAAGGGGAGAAGCACAGGGAACUCAGGCUGCGGAACUAUGUCCCAGAGGAUGAGGACCUGAAGAAGAGGAGGGUGCCCCAGGCCAAGCCAGUCGCAGUGGAAGAGAAGGUGAAGGAGCAGCUGGAGGCCGCUAAGCCAGAGCCCGUCAUUGAGGAAGUGGACCUGGCCAACCUCGCACCCCGGAAGCCUGAUUGGGACCUCAAGAGAGAUGUAGCCAAGAAGCUGGAGAAGCUAGAAAAGCGGACCCAGAGGGCCAUCGCCGAGCUGAUCCGUGAGAGGCUGAAGGGCCAGGAGGACAACCUGGCCUCUGCAGUGGCCAACACCACCCCCGAACAAGAGGCCGAUGACUCCGACUGAGGCAUGCCCUGUCCCUUCACCUGCCUGUCGGGCCUGUCCUAUAGGAGGAUGGUCUUGGGCAAGGGUGGGGGCUGGGCUUGCCAUCACCUCCCGUUUGGCUUCAGAACAGUGACUCCCUGCUUAUUGGUCUGAGCCCCACCCCUCCCCAAGGGGUGAGUCAGCUCCUUGUCUCCUGAGUGGUCCCCUCCAUGCUCAGUGGGGGCAGGGCCAGCAACAACUCUGUAGACUUGCUGUAUCUGCACGUAUAUAUGUAUUUUGAACUUUCUUUUAUAUCUGGAAAUAGAAACAAGCAGACCCGUGGCA